UGGCUAUUGACACUUGCAGUCCUGUGCAGCUGGAGACGUUGGGAAAAAAAAUAACCAGAGCGGCAGCCGCGCCAGUAAAUAUGGCGGCACUGGCGAGGCUCACUUGAAGAAUCGUCUCAUUUUGUGGCGGGCGGUGGCGUUUCCUGAGGUGCAAUUCAUCUCCUUAUGUUGACCCCAUGACCUGAGCCGGACAAAAUGUCACUGCGGGAUAACGUAGGACGUCUUUAAUCGCGUCUGCUUCCAAAGAACAGUGACACACACAAGCGUUUAAGAUGGCAGACAACAGCCACCAAGGCCCUCAGAGAUCAGGGCCUGUGCAAUUUCUAAUGAGCAACAAGCUGGAAACCAUCAUGUGGCUGUCUCGCCUCUUCACUGUCUACUGCUCUGUCAUGUUCAUGCUACCGAUCUUGGGGCCCUACGCAGCGUCCAAUUUCUACCAGCGAGCGCUACUGUCCAACGCACUCACUAGUGCCCUGCGCCUGCACCAGAGACUUCCCAGGUUCCAGCUGAGCCGCGCGUUCCUGACGCAGGCGCUGCAGGAGGAUAGCUGCCACUACUUGCUCUACUCACUCAUCCUCGUUAAUUCCUACCCAAUUACCAUGAGCAUCUUUCCGGUAUUCCUCUUCUCCCUACUACACGCAACCACUUAUUCAAAGAAGUUCUUCGAUUCUCUGGGCCCCAGCAGCUUGAUGUUCAUCAGGAACCUCCUGGACAAAAUUUCAACCAAUCAGCAGAACAUUCUUAAGUUUAUCGCCUGUAACGAGAUCUUCUUGAUGCCCGCCACUGUCUUCAUGCUUUUCAGUGGGCAGGGAAACUUGCUGUUGCCUUUCAUCUACUAUCGCUUCCUCAGCCUUCGCUACACAUCCAGAAGAAACCCAUACUGCCGCACUCUGUUCACCGAGCUGCGAAUCCUCCUGGAGCACUUCAUCAUGAAACCAGCGUGCCCCGCCUUCUUCCGGAGGAUGUGCCUCAGCAGUAUCGCCUUUGUCAGCCGCCUGGCCCCCAAUGGCGUCUGACCGCCACACCGUACCUCCAUCCCUCUUCGUGUUUGGCCGUCGCUGAAGUGACUCCAUUUUGGAUGAGGACACACAAUGGCGAUGUCAGUAGAGGACAUUUUGUUUUUGUUGUUGCAAUGACAACUUGACAGCUUGCUUCAAUUCAAGACCAGCCAGUAAUGCACUGAAGUUUUUUUUUUUUUUUUGGGUUCUCCUUUU